AUGUACAUGUCCAGACUUGCUGCGAUUAAAGAAUUUGCAUUCAUGAAGGCUCUAAGGGAUCAUGGGUUUUCUGUCCCUGAACCUAUUUCACAAAAUCGACAUACCAUCGUUAUGAGUAUGAUUGAUGCAUUCCCCCUUCGGCAAAUAUCCUCUGUUCCCAACCCUGCUGCUUUAUAUGCUGAAUUAAUCGACACUAUCAUGGAACUGGCCAAAUUUGGCUUGAUACACGGCGAUUAUAACGAAUUUAACAUUCUAGUAAAAGAAGAGGAAAUACCUAUGGAAACUAAUGAAGAAAAUAAGGACAAGAAAGAAGAUAAUAUCAAGCUCACGCCAGUUGUGAUUGAUUUUCCUCAGAUGGUCUCCGUGGAUCAUGCGAAUGCUGAGAUGUACUUUGACAGAGAUGUCAACUGCAUCAAACGUUAUUUCCAGCGGCGGUUUGGGUUUGUCAGUGAUGAACCAGGGCCUUUCUUCUCCGAGGCCCGAAAACUGGUGGGAACAGACGGAACUCCUAGGCUAGAUGUGGCUGUCGAGGCAUCGGGUUUUUCGAAGAAGAUGGCUAAGGAGCUGGAGGCAUAUAUGAAAGAAGUUGGUGUUGAUGGUGAUGCUCGGGGCCCUGAAGAUGACGACCAAGACAUUGAUGACGAGCAAGAUAUCGAUGAGAAUGAAGAAAAUGAAGAUGACAACUUAGAUCAAGAAGGAGGGAAUAAUGGCUUCGAAAAUUCAGAAGCAGACGAACAACUCGAGCAGAAACCGCAGAUACCUGAACCCGAUGCUAGGAUAGGGAUGGAAAACCUGACCAUAUCUGGGCCUCCAUAA